GAUUGUGGUUGGGGAUUUCUUAACAAUAGUUCACUAAAAAUAACAUUGGAUACAUGCAAGAAUCUAAACCAUAUAUUUAUCUAUGAAAGUAAUCGAAUAGCACCAAAAAUUAUCUUAAGUAUACCAGAAAAAUGUACAAGUAUAAAAACUAUAAAAAUACAAAAUUGUAAACAAAUAACAGAUAAAAUAGUAAAUCAAUUAUUGAGCAAAUAUCCGAAAAUUAAAAUUAAUAAAAUAGAAGUUGACUUACAAAAUGAGGAUGAUAUUGCAUCUCAAAUUAUAGAAGAUAUAUUUGAUGAAGACUA